AUGCAGGCCGCCGAAGUGCGGCUCUUUGUCGACGCCAACGAUGCUGAUGAGGAUGCCAACGACGCCGUCGUCGUCACCAAGGAAAGAGUGUCCAUCUACGACGUCGUCGAGCCAGCGUCCCCCACGUCCCCCGUGGCUCGCCUCAACCUCCUCGACACCCGUGUCGUCACGACGACGACUGGUGCUGGUGGUGGUGGUGGUGGUGGUGUCGUCGAGCUGGACGUGAGACCCGCUGUGGUCCGCUGGCACCGCCUGGGUCCCCAAAGCAACCACGGUCUCGUCGUGUCCGUGCGACGCGAAAAGUCGAGAGCAGCCAAGUCGAGUUCCCCGACGACAACGAAAGUGCGACUGCGUCGAUCGACGACGACGACGACAGCAACAGAAGCACAAAGAAAAGGAGAAGAAGAACAAGUGGUAGUGGCAGUGGUCGACGACGACCGACUGCCGGUGCUGGUGACGUACACGGACGACGGUCGUCACCCGGAAGAAGCAGGCGACGGCGGAACAUCAUGGAGUCUGGAAAGCAGUCGUCGACAGCGUCGAGAAGCAGCAGCAGGAUCAACAGCAGGAGGAGGAGGAGGAGGCGGCCGGAAGCGGAAGGGUUCCCGGUUCUCGGAACACUGCGCCCGACACGAGCUCUACGUGGACUUUGCCGACGUGAAUUGGGACUCGUGGAUCGUGGCACCGCCCGGUUACAUGGCCUGGCAGUGUCGUGGCGAGUGUCGGUUCCCCACCGGCGACCACUUGAACGCCACGAACCACGCCGUGGUGCAGAACAUUGUGCACAGCAUCAACCUCAGCGUGCCACCCGCGUGCUGCGUGCCCACGUCGCUGGCACCCAUGUCCAUGCUGUACCUCGACGAGUACGACAAGGUGGUGCUCAAGAACUACCAGGACAUGGUCGUCACGGGCUGCGGGUGUCGAAUGAGUGUACAUACGAGGGUUUUUUUCCUGUGCAAGAGUCGAUUCGUGUUUUNAGGAGGAGGAGGAGGAGGCGGCCGGAAGCGGAAGGGUUCCCGGUUCUCGGAACACUGCGCCCGACACGAGCUCUACGUGGACUUUGCCGACGUGAAUUGGGACUCGUGGAUCGUGGCACCGCCCGGUUACAUGGCCUGGCAGUGUCGUGGCGAGUGUCGGUUCCCCACCGGCGACCACUUGAACGCCACGAACCACGCCGUGGUGCAGAACAUUGUGCACAGCAUCAACCUCAGCGUGCCACCCGCGUGCUGCGUGCCCACGUCGCUGGCACCCAUGUCCAUGCUGUACCUCGACGAGUACGACAAGGUGGUGCUCAAGAACUACCAGGACAUGGUCGUCACGGGCUGCGGGUGUCGGUAG